AUGUUUUACGAAUCAUCAACAAAUAUGUCCCAACCAUCAAAGAACAAACUAAAGAGGCAGAGCCGGGCUUUCACACAAGUUCUGUACCGGAAGCUAAGUUACCGUGAGCGACGUUCUGUGACCGAUAUUCCGACAGAUUUAAUGGAUGACCCUUCGGAGCUUUCCAUCCAGCUUUCGGCUCCUGGAAUACUUAAGAUCUUUGGCAAUGCAAUCUGCAGCGGCACAAACUACAAAAGUGUCCUGGCUACACCACGGUCGAGUGCCCAAGAGUUGGUUAAAGAAGCCCUUGAGCGCUACUCUGUAAGCAAGAAGUGUGCCAGUGAGUAUCUGCUAUGUGAUGUGAUUGGAAGGUUCGGGGGGAUGGACAAACACUGGCGGACAGAGUGCCUCCGAAUUCUGGGGGAUAAUGAAAAACCUCUUCUUCUUCAAGAUCUGUGGAAACCUAAAGAGGGGUUUGCCAGAAGAUUUGAGCUUCGAAGGCGGUCUGAGGUGGAGGAGAUGGCUGCUAAGGAGAAAGAUACAACAACCGCAGAUAUAAAUGCUCAAGCACGGAAACUGCAGAGAAACCGGGCAAAAGGUAACAUUUCAACAAUGUCUGGCUACAGAUAUAAAUUAGCACCUCUUCGACGCAGCAUCAGUGAAACAAGCCUUACUGUCACUGAAAAUCAGGGGGAGGAACAACAUAGACUUUAUUCAACGCUGCCUGGGCUGGCUGGAAGGAGGAUCAAUCGAUGCAGAAAGGACAGACUUUGCAGCACAAACAAUAAAGUGAAACAAGGAGGUAGCAUCCACCAGGUCCCUCACCUUCUCCUUCUUCAGGGAUAUAACCAUCAGAAUGAUUGUUUAGUGUACCGUCUAGAUUAUGAGAAGGUAAUCGUUGGACAAACGGCCACGGCAAAGCCAAAUAUAUGUUUGUCAUCACCCGACAUCUUUUCUCUGCACUGCAAAAUCAGAAGGAUUAAACGGUCAAAUAAAUACGGUCGCUUCGUUGAGGAACAGACUAUAUUGGAGCCAUCUCCAAAUGCCUGUAUUUUAGUAAACUGCACACCAACGGAAGGGCCAGCAGAACUCAAGCACGGCGACCUAGUUGGAUUUGGACAGCAUUAUCUUUUUCUCUUCAAAGAUCCUUCGGGUGUUAAAAAGCUGCCAGCCCACACUUUUUCCAUGCUGAGACAUUUGCACCACUUGCCUGAGCAUACAAGUAGCCGGAAAGUUCCCGUCUGUAACACGUGUGGCUCAGUUAUCAAGAAUGGUUUGGCAAGCAAGCACAAAAAUCCUAAUGCUUCUGCAAACAGAAAUAACAGUAUUCAGAAAAAGAAGCUGCAACUAGAAUAUGAAAGGGCAUUUGAAGAUGUGCUGAUCAAUAAAAUCUUGACCCUGAUCGAACCUAGUGGAGAUGACCACAAACUGACUCCAGCUUGCCUGCUGUGUCUGUGUGUCCAGCACUCAGCUACUACUUUCAAGACAGGUGAUUUUAUGAAGCUCCUUCUGAAGAUUGUGAACAGGAUGCAAGCUAUAGCACUGGGCAAGACCAGAGAAUUGGCAGAAAAACAGUCUGAACACCAAGAUCCAGCAUCUCUACCUCUGCUCAGUGUUACAGACCUGGUUCCAGACCUCCAGCAUAUUUUCUUCUGGAUGUCCAACUCCAUUGAGCUGCUUUACUUCAUCCAGCAGAGGGUCCCAGACUAUAUUCAGGGCAUUGAGGAUCUGGAUGCACGAGGUUCCAAAGAAUCAUUGCUUUCAUCCACAAUUUCAGUCAAUGAAGAAGUCAUGACUAUUCUGGAAGAAGUGAUCAUGCAUACAUUCCAGCAAUGCGUGUAUUACAUCACAAAGUCUCUCUAUGUUACACUUCCUGCUUUCUUGGAUUGCAAUCCCUUCCAGACCAAGAGUGGAUAUUCCUGGAUGAAUUCUUCUCUCCCAGAGCCAGUUCGCAACAUCAUGCAAAUAUACCAGACAACACUGGACCUUCUCCAUCAGUAUGAAGUGCACCCUGAAAUUGCAACACAGAUGUUUGCCUACCUUUUCUUCUUCUCCAAUGCUUCCCUGUUCAAUCAGCUCAUGGAUAGAGGUUCAAGGCAAAGUUUCUUUCACUGGUCAAAAGGGGAACAGAUGCAAGCUAGUCUUCGCCUGUUGCUGGAGUGGAUUCGAAAUAUAGGAAUGGGUAACAUCGCAGAUGAAUUUUUUUUCAAAUUCGCUAGUGCUGUAGGGCUUCUGGCUGUCCCAACAUCUUGUCUUAUACAGUCCAGCUGGAGUUGCCUCAAGAGAGAAUUCCAUGCCCUAAAUACGUCCCAACUUCUUCACAUACUAACACACUACCAACUAGCACCUGGAGUGGGCCCCAUUGCAGCAUGGCAGCCAAGUGCUGAAGAGAGAGAAACAACUUAUAAAACAGAGGACAUUCUGUUGAAUUUUGAUAAAUAUCCUCCAUUACUGCUGCCCACCAGCAACUUUAAGGUGGAUCUGGAAGCAGAGACCAUAGAUGACAACAUGUACAGACACUUACUGUAUAUACGUCACUUCCUUUGGAGCCUACGCACCAAAUUCCAGCUGACCAAUGGAUAUUCCAUAACUGAAGAGUUACAGACUGAAUUUCCAGUUUCUCACAGCUGUCACCAGCUGUCUACAGGCAAUCCACUUUCCAGUCUCAAGACUCUGAAUCAGCAAUCAGACCGAAGCAAUCACCCAAAUGGUAAUUUUGACACAGAGACAGACGGUCGAAGCUCGAGCACAUCCUGGGUCAAUGGAUCACACAUUAAUCCUUGCCACGAACUUAAAGAAAAGCUACACAACCUACAGCUACAAAAUACUCUGGGAAGGCACAGGGCCCCAGGACAAAACAUGCAGCCAAUAGAUCUUUCCUGCCUUUUAACUCCUCCAAACACACCUUUGAACUCUGACCUUGCACGCAAUGAUUGUGUACAAACUAAUGGAGGUGGUAGAGAUACAUCAAACACCAGGAGAAAUGGUAUCUACAGAAGCGCAUCCAAUGAUGGGGAAGGAAGAGCCUACAAUUUACCAACACCAACAUCUUCCAGCCUGAGUUCAGGAGAAGAUGAUCAAUGUUGUGUGUUUGUGGUGGAGCUGGAGAGAGGGCCCAUUGGCUUAGGAAUGGGACUGAUUGACGGACUGCAUACGACCUUAAAUUCCCCUGGGAUCUACAUUAGAACCCUGUUACCUGACAGCCCUGCAGCCUGUGAUGGAAGACUCAGGAUCGGUGACAGAAUCCUGGCAGUAAAUGGAACCAGCUUAAUUGGAGCAGACUAUGAGAGUGCAGUCAACCUGAUCCGAUCAGCGGGCGAGAGGCCAAGAUUCCUUGUUGCCAAGUCAGAUUUCCUCAUUGCUGAGAAGAUCAGUACAUCAUCUUGUUAA